CUCUUACACUGUUGGGUGUCAAACGGCGUUGUGCAUCCGCCGCCACUGCUGCCGGAACCUCGUCCAAAGCAAACAGAGUAAAUACCGGUCUCCGCGACGCGUUAGAGAAAAGAUGGACCAUCCUGUCUAUCACGGGAAAAUCAACAGGGAGCGCGGGGAAAUGCUACUGAGCAAAAGCGGCAAGGACGGCAGCUACUUGAUAAGGGACAGCGAGUCCAUGCCGGGCGUCUACUGCCUGUGUGUUCUGUGCUCUGGAUUAGUUUACACAUACCGUGUCUUUAAGACUCCGACCGAUUCAUGGACUGUUGAGACAGCACCUGGAGUCAAUCGGAGGUUGUUUCGUAAGGUGAAGAACUUAAUUUCUGCCUACCAAAAGGAAGAUCAAGGCUUAGCAAUACCCUUAUUAUACCCAGUGUACAAGCAAAAAGAUAAUGUAAAGGAUGAAGAUUAUCUGAUGAUGCACCCAACUGAAUGAUGCCCAAUUUUUUACAUUAUCAAACCGAAUUUUGACUGAAUUUGCCAGAAGUGUUUUCAAUCAAAAUACAUUGUAGCUUAGAUACACAUUAAUUGAUCUUUGACAUCUUCCACCAUUGAACAUUCUAAUUUUUGUUUCAGUUAAAUUUGUAGCCAAGCUAAUUUGUAAUUCAAACUUUUCCAAAAUAAGUUUGAGGCAUAUAUUUUUCUUUCGUCAGUAGUUUAUACAAUGGAUGGCUCCUGGUAUUUCAUUAUUUAUUUAUUUUGCCUUCAAACUUGUUAGAGAAGUGUUUUCUAUAUACCGUAUUCAAUGUUGUUCCAAGACAGCUACUGUAGUUUGGUAGUAAACCCAAAAAUCCAUAUUUUAAAAAAUGAUUGACGUGUUUUUUUGGGAAAAAUUAUGCUGUGCAAUUUGGGAAUCUUAAAAUCUUAUCAAGUAUUCAGCAGGUCAGUUGGCAUAUGUGGAAAAAGAAACAGGUUUAUCAUUUCAUGUUAAUUAACUUUCAUUGAAUUGGCAAUAGCUACAUAUGUAAGGGCAGAAUGUAUACAAGAAAAUGCAUUGGGAUUAUUGACAAACGACCUACAUUCUGGUGCGAGCUGCACUCAGUAUUAAUAGAAACUGAUUGUCCUGUUUAUUCACUGAGAGCAUCAACAAAAUGCUCAGUUUGCAACAUACUGCUGUAUUUAGGAGGUCAUCAGUGCACCUACUUGGGAAGAGUGAACUUUGUCACUUGUCCUUUUCUAGAGAGCAGACAGCUGGAAGAACAAAUGGAAUAGCCAUAUCUGUGGAUUUGCCAAUAGAUCAGAGUGCAUUCUUUUGAAGAUUAAAUCAGCACUUUUUGCUGACUCAGUCAGCAUAGACUAACUUGUAACUCAUUCAACCCAGUUCUGCCAGAUCAUAUAUAUAUAUAUAUAUAUAUAUAUAUAUACAUAUAUCUGAAUUUUUGAAUCGAAGUUUCUAAGUGUGUCUAGGUCUGCUGGAGUGAGCAUGCAGUGAUUGGUAGUGUGAUGCGGGAGAGUUGUUUCUAGUACAUAUCUGACAUGCAUGCACGUGAAUGAGCGUUAACUGAACUUAGGGUUCUCCAUGUGGGUUAAAUGCACAUGAUCAUCUGCAUAACUGGGAUCCCAUUUUGCAACAAAUGGUGGCCAGUCAGCAUUGUCCACUGAUUAAUGUAUAUGCAGGCUUGAUACAUGCUACUGGCUUGACCAUCCAAAAUCACAGAUGACUCUCACCAUAAAUGUAUGUCAGUACAUUGUUCUAUAAAAUGGAAGCACAUUAAUUUCAGCAAUGUAAUCCCAAAGGUAUUGAAAUUAUGAAACUGCUUUUGUGGUAAAUUAGUUAAAUUAUAGGAAAAUGCUGUAGAUGAAAGAACAAAGCAGAAAGUCAGCUGUGGGGCAGAAGGUAGGGGAGUUUAACUGAUGAAAAUUGCUGCUGAGCAAAGGACUGUUCUUGCCUCUCUGUCCCACUUCCCUUUCUCUUAAAACUUAUAGUUAAUUAUACAAAUAUGUUCAAAAUAGCUGUGGAUGCUGAGGAACAUUAUUGCAGAAGUUGAGAUUACAUUUCUAUCUUGCUUCUUAAAAAGGUAUCCCAGUUUCGAUGAAUUAUCAUUUAUGUGAAAUGCUAGUCCUGUUCCACAUGUGCUGCUAAUUUGCUGAAUAUUGGUAGCAUUUCCUAUUUUAUAUGAGAACACAUUUUUUUGCAGGGUGAUUAUAGUAUUACUGUGAGAAGUAGCACUCAGUGCAAAGAUAAACUUUCACUAACUACAUGGCGAAGAAAAAGCAUUUCAGGAUGUAUGUUGUAUAUGUUUCUCUGACAUUAAAGGUACCUUUGAAAUCUUUGAAACCUUGAGUUUAAGAAAUUAAAGGUUGUCUUGAUUUCUGUGUCCAGGGUUCUACUGACAUUCAUCUAAUGUUAUGACACCUCCUAGACUUAGUGAGGAAUCAAUAUCUCUCAAUUACUUUAUGUGGGUGCAUCUCAUCAAAUGUCACAAACAGGGACAGGACAUGAGUUAGUUUUCUGUGGCCUUUAGGAGAGUCUUGUAUGGUCACACAGGAAUUGAGGUGAAUACAUGGAAGACAAAUUAGGACUGCAUCAUGAGAUAAAACAACCUGCCACAAUGACAUUGCCUUGGAUUUCAUUGAGAAACAUCACUAAUUAGAGAGAAAAAUAUUUAAUAUAUUUAAUAACUAACAAAAAAUGUCAUUAGUCGAGGAGUUGCUUUAGGUACUUAUGACUAAGUAUCUUGUAAAUUUACAUGUAAGGCAUUCUGAGAAAUGACAAUACAAUACAUAAUUAGAAAGCUAUGAGACAUUUGGGAUAUCUGCUCACCUCCAUUUCAUAAUAUUGUUGUAACUGAUUCUAAAUCUUUACUUGCAUAAAACUUGAGUGAUCUAGCAAUAAUCAAGUUCCCUUCAAACUUUCUUUAUUAUUAGUGACAGCUUUUAGACCAAAAUGUCAAGUUUGAUGAAACAUAUAUUUUUAUUUUGAUUAAUGCAUCAGAUUACUUAGCUGGACACAUUUUGCUCUUCAUGUCAUCUGUAGCAGGAUAGUUAUGGUUCCAAAGUUUUCUGAAAUCUGUUUGAAAAAUAACUGUAACAUUAAAAGUGAAAUUGACAUUAUUUUGGAUUUGUACUUUCAGUUUUCCUCUGUUACCUCCUAAAGUCACACUUGGCAUCCAGUUCUAUGGAUGGCAGCAGCAACUCUAAUAAAAAAUUUCACUCAUUUCGCCAGGUCUUUAACUAUUUAGAUGAUAUAAAUGAGAUUAAUCAUUCUCAUGUCUAGCAGUUAUUGGAUAAUAAUUCUGACUUUGAACCCUGGCUUGUUUAAUUGGCCUCAUUCUCCAAUGUGGAAUGUUCAGAGCACUUUUAACAGGCUAAUCUCUGUCCUGAUUGAGAUUAAUGAGAAAAAAAAUGCGCUGAAGCUUUCAGUCUCACAUAACCUGGAGUUGCCUUUAUUCAUUGGCUAUCUUGGACUUUGGGACUUAAACAGUAGCUUGUUGUAUAGUUAUGUGAUUAUCGUUGUUAAAAUUAGUAAGGAAAUACAUUCCAUUGGACUAGUUACAUGCAGUAUAUUCGUUUUUAUAUCAUAGCUUUCAUUAAGUAAUGGAUGAUAAGUAUUUUUUGAAUAGCUCUCUACAUAAACAAAUAAAAAUA